CUAGAUCUCCGCCGACGCAGUUCGCGCAAUUGUACAUUGAAUAAAUUACAAUAAAAAAUAUAUAUAGCAUCACAAAUAAGUGUGUAGGUUGAUGCAUUUUGUGUGUGACAAAAUAUCAAAUAAAAAAAGAUAGAAAAUUUAAUCGAAUGCCCCCGGUGGGUGUACACACUGAGCACGAGCAACGUGUGUUCCAUCAUCAUAAUCAUCAACAUCAUCAUCUUUGUCGUUGCUGUAUUUAUCAAUUCUUUUUAGAAAAAAAAAAAAAAACUUAAUUACAAAUGAAUCUUUAAAUAAUCAUUUUAAUAAAUAAUUAAAUACCAAGCUUGUGCCAUUAUAGAAAAAAAUUCAAUCGAAAAAAUAAAAUUCAUAGAAACUCAUUUGGACGUAAAUACACACAUAUGUGAAGCUCAAUUGUCAGACUUUGACUUAAGCUGUUGGUAAGCCUAGUAAAAUUGUGUAAUAAAAAGCUUAAAUUUUUUUUUGAUGAUCAAGUGAGCUUAAUAAUAGUAUUAUUAAAAAAAAAAGGGGUGUUUUUUUAUAAUCACCAAUGUGCCUAAUUGUCGUAAAGAUAUAUUAUUUAAAUAGUAUUAUUUGUGGAUAUAAAAAAGAACAUUUCGAUAGCCAUGGAUGUUGAUUGUCCAAUUGUCAGUUUAAAACGCUCAAGCAGUGCUCCUAUGAUUAAUGAAAUAAGUGCAACUAUGUCGGUCAGUUCACCAUCAACAUCAGCACCAAGGGACACUGUAUCGACAUUUAAUAUAUUUUCAAAUACACCAAGGACUAGACGUUUUAGUACAAGUAGUCCAGGUAGUACAACACCAAGAUUAACACCACGAGUUAAUCAAUUAAAACAAGAAGAAUGUGUUGAUGUUGCUGGUCGUGAAGCAGCACAUGAAAAAGAACUUCACAGUGCAAUGCAAAUAUCACAAUCAUGGGAAGAUUUAACAAUUGAAGCUGAAGGUUUAUCUGUUAAAGAUUCAGAAUCACCAAAUAGUAAAAGUGAUAAACAAUUAACAAAACGUAUAUUUGAUCCAUUAAAUUUAAAUUUAUCAAUUGGUAAUGGACCACCAAUUUGUUCAUCACCAUCACCAACAAGAUCAAGUAUUGGACAACGUCAAUGUUAUUCACCUGGUUUACAUAUGGUUAAUUGGAAAAAUAAUUUAUCACCAAGUCCAACGAGAAAAGCAUUUGCAACAAGAAGAAGUUUAAGUCCAAUUGCAAUAAGACCAAGUUGUCUUAGUGGAGUUAAAAGAAAAUUUGAAUUAGAUGAUAAUGGACAUGAUAUACAUUUACAACCACCAAUGAAAAAAACAUCAACAUUAGUUUUAUCACAUUCACCAAGAACUGAUGUAAUAUCAAGUCCAUUACCUGGUACAAUAAGUUCAGUUGGUACACCAGAAUCAUUAUCAAGUGUUGAUUCACCUGGUUUUUCAUUUAGACCAGUUGAUAGUCCAUCACCAAAUCUUGGAUUAACAAAUGGUGAUGAAACAAUGAGUGAAGCAAGUCGUGAAUCAAAUAAAUCAACAAAUCAAAUUGAACAACAACUUGGACAGUGCAAUCACAGGUGAAUUUAAUCAGCAAUAAUAAUAGUUAUUAUAUAUUUAAAAACAAACAAACAACUUAUUGCCUCUUUCAUAUAAUAUACAGGCAAAUUUAUUAUUAUUUUUAUUCUUCUUCUUCUUCUUCUUCAUGAAAGAAAUUAAUCCUUUAUUCAAAAGUCUGUAGAAUUAAUAAUAUUCUCAUUGCUAUUUGCCCAAAGGUGCCACUAAAUUAUCAAACGAUAAAAAAAAAUUAUGAAUAAUAAUCUAUUCUUUGUAAUAAUUAUUAACAAUUGAUUUUUUUAAAAUUAAUAUUUCAUUAUGUGACAUAUUUGAUUAAUUGCAUAUUUAUAAUAAUAUAUUAAUAUAUUUUCUCAUGAAAAUUUUAAAUAUACAUAUAAAUCUAUAUAAAGGAAAAAAUAUUAAACUUCAUUUACCUGACUGUAUUGAGAAUGUUGUAAGUGUUGGCUCAUUCAGUCAAACAACGAGCUCAAAAUAUUACUAUUAUUUUCUUUUUAAUGUUUUUUCUUUUUUUUUUCUUUUGUGAGCCUCGUACUUACAGCUAGUCUUUUUAUUUAUAAAAAAAAAUUAUAACUUUUCAUUGACUUAUUAUCUUGAGAAUCAGCAAAAAUAAAAAAAUAAAAAAUUUAUAGUUUAUUUUUCAAUAUGAAAUGUCGUUUCAUUAUAUGUGUAAAUAUUAUAUUUGUAUAAAAAAUAAUUAUGUGAUUUAAAAAAUUGUUUUUGAAAAUGAAAAAAAAAAAAAUUAAUUAAUAUUUUUGUUAUUAAUUAUUUGUAUGAUUCUCAAAGGAAGAUUAAUCUGUAUAUAUAUAAAAAAAAAAAUUAGUCUUGUAUUAGUUAUUGUCUAUUUAUGUCAUCCAAUAAUUUCGAUAAAUUUUUUUAUUAUUUCAUUGUUAAAAGGAAUGAUGCAAUUAUUAUUAUUUAUGUAAAUGAUUUUUUUUCUUUUAAAAAAUAUGGAUGACAAUGUAAUCACCAUGAUAAUAAAUUAUGCUUCCUAAUUCUAAGACUGAAAUUGAUGUUUAUUAUAAAAAAAAAAAACAAAACAACAAUUUGUGAAUGAAAAAUGAUGAAAAUUAAAUAAUUAGAUAAUCAUUUAACUUGAUAAAUUAAUUAUGAUUUCAUUUUUGUUUUUGUUUAAUUUAAUAAUUUGGUAAUUGACAUUUAAAUAACUGAUAAUAAUUUCUAUCAAUAAACAAUUCAAAAUAAUAAUUAUAUAAUACAAAUUUUGCAUAAUUAUUAUUCACAAUAUUAUCAUUAAAAAUAUUUAAUAAUCAAAUUAACGGGUAAAACAAUAUUAAAUUAGAUGUAUUAUAGUAGUUAUAUCGUAUUUGAAUUAAUUCAAUUGUAAAAUAUAAUAUAUAUAAUUUCAAAAAACAAACAAUGACGAUAUUAAAUCAAUAAAUAAUAAGAGACGUUAAUUUUUUAGUUUGAUUAUAAAUUUAUUUUCUCUCUUGUUAUUAUGAUUUAUUAAAAUAUAUAUAUAAAUGUGUAAUAAAGGAUUCGAAAUUUAAAAAAUUAUUGUAAUUCUGAAUAAUAUUCAGACUGUGUAAUAUUGAUAUUAAUAACAUGUAACACGAUUUAUAAAUAAUCUGUUUAUUAAAAGAUUAAAAAACGAAACAAUACAGCUGAUUGCAAUGUGUAAAAAUAAAAAUUUAAAUAAAUAAAUAAUGCAAUUGCAUAAAAUACACGAAACCAAAGAAAAAAAAAACAACAAUGUCUUAUUUUAUUUAAUACAAGCUAGUGUUAUCUGGUUAUGUCCAGGUGAUGUUGAUGUCAUUGGAAAGUAUGUUAUGCUUUAGUAAAUUAAAUCUAUGAUUUCGAAUAAUACCAUCAGUUAACUCUUUUUAUAUUUUAGAUGAUGUUAAAAUUUUUUAUUAAAACUGAAGAAAAUCUGUGUAUUAAAAACCAUGCAAGAAAUAUAUUCUUUUGAUUUUUCUGUGUACCUAAUAAUUACAAAGAUUUGCAAGAUUAAAAAUCGAAAUUUUGUCGAAUCGAAAUACGAGGUAUUUUGCCAUAUUAAAUUAUUAUUUCUUUGGUUUUAAUAAACAAA